GACAUGGAGACUGCAGAUGGCAGUGAGGCGGCACCUGAGGCCCCGCAGCCCACCUACAUCAGCAUCCACAUCCACCAGGAGUCCGGUCUGGCCAAACUCCUGCUGGCCGGAUGCUCCCUACUACGGCUCCCAGCCUCUGCCUCAGGCACCAACACCCUGAGCAAUAGCCGGCUGCUGGUGGCUUCCUGGGUGGUGCAGAUUGCGCUGGGGAUCCUGAGCUGUGUCCUGGGAGGAUUCUUCGGUAUCUUUUGGAGCUCUGCACCCUGGCGAACGGGAGCUCCCUUCUGGACGGGGGCUGUGGCUUUGCUGGCUGGAGUCACUGCCUUUUUUUCUGAGAAGCACGGUGGAAUCUGGUGGGCCCUGCUGCGGAUCCUUCUCGGGCUGGCAACUUUGUGCUCGGCCAUUGCCGCCAUUGUAGUUACGGCUCAUAAUUUCUGUGAUUACUACAACUUUAGAAGUGACUUUUGUGAUGACUACACCUCAAUGGGCUGGCUCACCAAGGCCCCAAGCACCCCAGAUCCCAAAGAAGAUGAGAGACUACACCUAUGCAUUUCCCACCUAAACAUGCUGAAGGCCCUAUUUAUAAGUCUCCAGGCCAUGGUCAUAGGUGUCUGGGUCCUGCUGCUUCUGGCAUCUCGUCCUCUUGGUCUCUACUGCUGGAGAAGGUGUUUUGCUAAAGAGGAAAAGGACCAGAAGACGCUGCUGGAAGUGACUGGGAUGUCGCCCUACCUCUCCUGA